AUGUUAGGCUUGGGAAGACCUCGAUUGAAAGCGCGGGCGUCGUUGUUGGAUCUGAUAACCAAGCAUACGUUGACACAGCCAUCACCGCCCGCCGAGCUGCCACCGCUUCCAGACUCGCCCUCCUCAACUACCUCCUCCCACUCUGUGUCUCUCCAUUCCACACAGGCUUCUUCCAUUAUGACUUCGGACAAUUCUGAGAAACAUGGCUCGAUCUUUUCGGUCUCCGGCCCUGUCGUCGUGGCCGAGAACAUGAUCGGUUGUGCCAUGUAUGAGUUGUGUCGUGUCGGUUAUGACAUGCUUGUUGGUGAAGUCAUUCGAAUUGAACAAGACAAGGCCACGAUUCAGGUCUACGAGGAAACAGGUAGAGCUCUGCAGCCCCCAAACCUGUCUGGUUUGACUGUUGGAGACCCUGUGGAGAGGACAGGAAAGCCCCUUUCAGUCGAGCUGGGCCCCGGUCUGAUGGAGACGAUCUACGACGGUAUUCAGCGACCCCUCAAAGCCAUCGCCGACCAAUCGAAGAGUAUCUACAUUCCCCGUGGUAUUUCGGUGAACGCCUUGGACCGCGAGCGAAAGUGGGACUACAAGCCUACUACCUUCAAGGUCGGCGAUCACAUCACUGGCGGUGACAUCUGGGGUUCCGUGUACGAGAACAGUCUGGUGAACGAUCACAAGAUCCUGCUGCCUCCUCGCGCACGGGGUACCAUUACUCGGAUUGCCCCUGCUGGCAGCUACACCGUCGAGGAGAAGCUGCUCGAGGUGGAGUUUGAUGGUAAGAAGACUGAGUUCGGUAUGAUGCAGACCUGGCCCGUUCGUGUUCCCCGCCCGGUUAGCGACAGGCUGUCCGCCGAUGCGCCCUUCAUCGUCGGCCAGAGAGUGUUGGAUGCUCUCUUCCCCAGUGUCCAGGGUGGCACUGUCUGUAUUCCUGGUGCUUUUGGAUGUGGAAAGACUGUCAUUUCCCAGAGUGUGUCCAAGUUCUCAAACAGUGAUAUCAUCGUCUACGUUGGCUGCGGUGAGCGUGGAAACGAGAUGGCCGAAGUCUUGAUGGAUUUCCCUGAUGUAAAUGCCCCCACCCAAACCUACUGCGAUAGCGUUUUACUGACUAUCUUUCGUUUGCAGCUCUCUAUUACCGUCGACGGCCGCAAGGAGCCUAUCAUGAAGCGUACCUGCCUUAUCGCCAACACCUCUAACAUGCCCGUCGCCGCCCGUGAGGCCUCAAUUUAUACCGGUAUCACUAUCGCCGAAUACUUCCGUGAUCAGGGCAAGGAUGUGGCUAUGAUGGCCGACUCCAGUUCCCGUUGGGCUGAGGCUCUGCGUGAGAUUUCAGGUCGUCUUGGUGAGAUGCCUGCUGAUCAGGGUUUCCCCGCAUACCUGGGAGCCAAGCUUGCCUCUUUCUACGAGCGUGCUGGCAAGAGUAGUGCUCUCGGUAGCCCCGAGCGCGUGGGCAGUGUCAGCAUCGUUGGUGCUGUCAGCCCGCCUGGUGGUGAUUUCUCCGAUCCCGUCACUAGCAGUACCUUGAGUAUUGUCCAAGUGUUCUGGGGUCUCGACAAGAAGCUGGCGCAGCGAAAGCACUUCCCUUCGGUCAACACCUCCGUCUCCUACAGCAAAUACAACGCAGUUUUGGAUAAAUACUACGAGAAGGACCAUCCUGAAUUCCCUCGUCUCCGCGACCAGAUUCGUGAACUUUUGACCAAGUCCGAGGAAUUGGACCAGGUCGUCCAGCUUGUUGGUAAGGCGGCGCUGGGUGAUUCGGAUAAGAUCACGCUGGACGUGGCCAGCUUGCUCAAGGAUGACUUCCUCCAGCAGAACGGAUACAGUGACUAUGAUCAGUUCUGCCCCUUGUGGAAGACCGAGUACAUGAUGAAGGCGUUUAUGGGCUACCACAAUGAGGCACAAAAGGCCAUCGCGCAGGGUCAGAAUUGGGCCAAGGUCCGUGAGGCUACCGCUGAUCUCCAGAGUGCUCUGCGUGGCAUGAAGUUCGAGGUUCCGGACGACGAGGCUGAGAUCUCGGCCAAGUACGAGAAGAUCCUCCAGUCCAUGACCGAGCGAUUUGCCUCAGUUUCGGACGAGUGA